GUUUUGGGAUCCAGUACAGAAUACCACUUCGUGAAUCAUGCGUUACCAGUAGCUAGAACGAAAAGGAGUAUACAGCACGUGAGAAAAUUGAAAGUUGAUCCUCUGAUACACUCAGCCAUUCAGCAGCCCGGUUUCGUAAGGGUGAAGCGAGGCUACAAACCACUGAAAGUUGAGAACCUGGUCAAGGUCAUGCACCCACACAACGAUCCCACAGACCCUUACUUCACAUUCCAGUGGUACCUGAAAAACACGGGCCAAAACGGGGGGAAGGCCAAACUGGACCUGAACGUAGAAGCAGCUUGGGCCCAAGGGGUUACCGGAAAAAAUAUAACAACAGCCAUAAUGGACGAUGGUGUUGAUUACAUGCAUCCGGACUUGAAAUACAAUUAUAAUUCCAAGGCAAGCUACGACUUCAGCAGUAAUGACCCAUUUCCAUUUCCACGUUAUACGGACGACUGGUUCAACAG